CCUAAGGCGAUUUCCUAUGUGGAAUCACUGAGGGGAAGCCCUGAGUACCACUGCCAUGGACCCAUUCCUGGUGCUGCUGCACUCGCUGUCCGGCAGCCUGUCGGGCAGCGAUCUGAUGGAGCUCAAGUUCCUGUGCCGCGAGCGCGUGAGCAAACGAAAGCUGGAGCGCGUGCAGAGUGGCCUGGACCUGUUCUCGGUGCUGCUGGAGCAGAAAGACCUGGAGCGCGAGAGCACCGGGCUGCUACGCGAGUUGCUGGCCUCGCUGCGCAGACACGACCUACUGCAGCGCCUGGACGACUUCGAGGCGGGGGCGGCGGCCACUGCAGCCCCGGGGGAGGCAGAUCUGCGGGUGGCAUUUGACAUUGUGUGUGACAAUGUGGGGAGAGACUGGAAAAGACUGGCCCGCCAGCUGAAGGUGUCUGAGGCCAAGAUUGAUGGGAUUGAGGAGAGGUACCCCCGAAGCCUGAGCGAGCAGGUAAGGGAGGCUCUGAGGGUCUGGAAGAAUGCCGAGAGGGAGAAUGCCUCGGUGGCCAGACUGGUCAAGGCGCUGCGGGCCUGCAAGCUGAACCUGGUGGCUGACCUGGUGGAGGAAGCACUGAUGGCCCAGGGAUCUGUGAGCAAGAGCGAGGAUAUGUCCCCAAUGCUGAGGGACUCAACUGUGUCUUCCUCAGAAACACCCUGACAAGCCUGCAGCUCCUCUCAGGAGUCGACUGUGGACUUCAUCACACCAUGAUCUAGUACCAAGUGCCUUUUGUGCCCGGUACCAAGAAGACCUUGCUGAUCCAGGCCGAGAGCCCCUCACACCAGCUCCUGAAUUAUGGAGCCUCUGCCCCCUGGGCUUUGGGGACACAUGAAAGUUCUCCUUUGUGUUCUCCACCACUGCUCCUUCCUCCCGAGAGGUCCCUGGUCUUGCGAGGAGGAAGUUAAAGCUAAUGGCACAUGCGCUGACUGCAGUUUGAGAGCCUUCCUGUUGUUCCUUGGGGGAAGACACCGACUCAGUUCAGAGCACUUGGCUACCUCACAGUUGGCCAAGAGGACAUCUGUCUCAUAUCCUGGGAGGCCAUCAGAGAGCAGCUCUUGACCCCCGAACAAGCGCAGGAGCCCUGUGAGGACUGAUGGUAAAGUUCACCACCAAAGUCACUGGCUCUGUGAAGGACUGGUUUAAAGGGCAGCACCCUGCCUCCAUGGUGCUCUGUAAGCAAGUGCCCUGGACCUAGAGGUAGUGGCUCACUCUGAAGUCCUAGCACUUGAGAGUUGAGAACUGCUGCGCUUUACUGCAGCCUGGGCUACAAUGAGACCUUUUCUCAAAAAUACAAAAGCAAGUGCCUUUACCUGGAGAUAACUGUGUCACCAGGAAAUUCCAUUAUAUCAAGGACCCUUCUAAUCUCAGAAGUCCCAGCAGGCUGACUACAGAGUGCUUACAGCCCUGGGUCCUACUUGUGAAUGGAGUGAUGUGAUUUCCUGCUUUUCACACCAGCAGGGGCCCUGUCUGCCACACUGGGUACCCAAAUAAACCAUUCCUUGUCUCAGCUUUCCAACCUUUGGCUGGGUGUGGUUAUACAGUCCUUUGAUCUUAGCUUUUUAGGAAGGUAGAAGCAGGUGGGUCUCUGUGAUCUAUGAGUUCAGGGACAGCCUAGCCUACAUAGAGAACUACAGGCCAGCUGACACUAAGUAGAAAGACCAUAUCUCAGAUAAAUAAAAGUUCAUGUCUGGAGAAGAGGAUCCUAGUCACAGCUUCUCCUGACACAGUGAAGAGCUGUACCUCAUGGUCCUAACCUAGUCUUGGCUUCACAAGUGACCAGCCUGGGGCUUAUGCUACUGAUCAGUCAUUUCCUGGCACUCGGGUUCUAUGCCCUCAUUUCCUCCUCUCUGCUCUGCCUAUGCACCAGACAGCUGACUCCUCAAUAUACUUGGGCUCUCCUCAACCCCCUUCCCCAUUGUUGGUCCCUUCACUCCUGCAUUCCUUGGGUUGCACCCUCCGCAGCCUCAAGCCUACCAUGUUCUUCAGCCCAGUGUCUACCCAUCUGGCUGUUCUGCUCAAAUUCUUGGCCAUUGAGGCCUCCUGACCCCUCUGGGACUCAUCCUGUUUUCUCUGACCGCGGUAUUCUUGGCUCCCUAGACUACAUGUACGCCUGUAUAAGAUGUCUGGUGGGUGUCUGCUUUCGUUCUCUGCCCCUCCCCCUUUCCCCAUUUUGAAGGGUUUUGAUUUAAGACACAGUUUCCUGUAACCCAGGUAUAACCUAAGUUGGCCUCAAGCUCACAGUGUAACUGAAGUGAACUUGAGCUCCUUUCUGAUCAUCCUGCCUCUGCUUCUCAAGUGUUGUGAUCACCAGUGUGGCAACUUCACUCAGACCCAAGUCUUCAGAGCUCAUGCUCUAGAAAGCCUGGGCAACUGUACUGAAACUCUUGCUGAUGCCUUUUUAACCGCCCUGUGGCAAGUCACAGGUCGAUGGGCUUACAUGGCUCGUUUUUUUUGUACCGCUCAGGAGUCCAAAGUGGCUCUCCAGAGUUCAGCUCAGAUAUGAGCAAGCUGGUUUCUUUCUAGAUUUAAGAGAGUGUUCCUUCAUUGUGUCACUUGCUGUAUCCCCCUCUUCAAGUGGCAGUACUGAGUCUCAAUUACUACUGUUGCAGGGCUUUUAGGCCACCAGAGAAAUUUAUCCCUUUGUACAAAGUCCUUCUUGCCAUAUUGGGGAUUAAAACAGGGCACAUUCAGAAUGAGCACCCCACAAAUCUCUGCAUCUCGCUGAACUUGUGCCCAGUUUUGCCCUGAACACCUCAGCAUAAAUUCCUCCUGCUGCUAAUAAUGGCUGCUCAGAGCUCCACACCUCACAGUUGACUCUCCUGGCCACCUUGCCUGCCCUUCACUCCUUAGCUCCCGUCAGGGUCUUGGCUCUGCCUAUCCUCCACCAAGGGCUGGAACUGCAGACCCGCCUGUUCCUCGAAGCCAGCCGCCCUGCAUAUUUUUAGCUUCCUAUUUUUGAAUUCCACAAUCAUUUCUGAGUCAUUCAACUGACUGCCUUCUGGUCACAAGGCCCCAGUGUGAGCUGUGUUUCAAAUCAGACAGUAGAACAUGAUGUGAUGGAAUGUGUGAUAUAUCCACCAUGGACCAUGGCCCUCCAGGAGCUGAUGGGAAGCAGUGCUGGUUUGCUGGAAGAUGUGGGACACCCACAGAAUCUUGAGUCAUGUGCCGAGUGGAUGCUUGCCUGAGGGAUAUCUGCCAGCCAUGGGACUCAUUGUCACCAAGGCAUUGCUGAGCCAAAGCCAAAUAACAGUGCUGCAGUGUUUUAGGUGUGGCUAGAACAGGGCAGCAUGGUAGGCAUGCAUGUGGAGGUCUACAGCUUUUUGAGGUCCCAAGCCUCGAUGGACUAUAAAGAUGAGGUCUGGUCCCUGUCCAUCAAAAUAAGAUAAGCAUAUUGGCUCAUACCUGUAAUCCCAACACUAGAGACUGAGGCAGGAGGGUCACUGCAUGUUAAGACCACCCUGGGCUAAAUAGGCCUUAUCUCAAACAAAAAUGGCUGGUGAAUCAUGGUGUAUACACCUGUAAUCCCCGCAUAUGGGAGGGUCUGUUCGAGGCAGUGUCUCUUAGUGAUCCAAGUCCGGUCUAAGCUACAUAAGACCCUAUCUCAACAACACGCCAACCCCACUGCCAAAACAAAAGCCACACUGCAUAUUUAGGUAGGAACAGGAUUCCUGUAGAGUGCAGAAGACAGUCCCUGUGCUCAGUGGUGCCUGUAGCAGAUCAACUCCCAACACCUCAAGUUCCUGAACUUGGUGAUAAAUGUAGGUGCACUCCUAAUUACAUUGUUAAUUUAAAUUCUAUUACUUUGGCAGGCUUCUUGUUUAUUCUUUUAUUCUUGGUCACAAGGUCUAGGAGAUGAUUCUCUGCCCAGUUUUGUAUGUGGCAGAGGUCUACUGUUAAUAAAAGCCUGGGACAGUGGCACUUUUUCCAGUGGGUCUCCAGGCUAGAGGCAGCAGGACACGGGCAGUGCCCUCCAGGUGAGGUCCUCUCCUUCCCUUGCUUAUAGCUAAGCCCCAGCUGAAACUGCCACCAAUUUGACCAGACCCACAGCUGGCCUUUACCCUACUACCCUGUGUCCUUGAGAGGCCUACUCAGGCUCUUGUUACCUGAAGUAACUCAACUCAGGGUAGAGUUUUUGUGCUUAUAAGCUACCCUGAAAAAGCUUGGGGCUACUCUGGGAUUCCAAACACCCAGUGUAGUUACUGGCCAGGUAAUAAAGACUCUCUAUUGACUUAA